AUGUCAACACUUCCACCUUCAUCUUCCUGGGAAGACUUCAUAGAGUAUCUCUCUCUGAGUGGAAUAUGGAACUGGCUACAAGCAACUCUUCUGGGAGAGUCUAGUGAGCCCCAGCGAACAAAUUUGGGGAUACUACGUAAUAUUGCUCCGACUGUACAAAUUUUCCUCAGAAUUUCCUUUUUUGUUUUGUUGAUAAUAGGAUUAUAUGCCUUAUCGAAAAGAAGUAUUCACUCAAUUCAGAGAAUAUUGUUGUUUGUAAUCACACUCUACAAACUUUAUAAGAAGGGCUCAGAUUUUUUUCAGGCUUUGACGGCCAACACAGAAGGGAAGAUUUUCUCAACUAAAGACAAUAAAAAUUUCUUCCUAUCCUUGGGUCUGCAAGAGAAGAUUUUGAAAAAGCUCCAGACAGUGGAAAACAAAGUGAAGGACCUAGAGGGGAUGAUCAUUUCUCAGAAACCUACAAUGAAGAGAGACCGUUCCUCUGAGCACUACUGCAGCUGCUCCGACUGCCAGAGCCCCUUGGCCACAUCAGGGUUUACUUCCACUUCUGAAAUCUGA